GAAGAUUAAAUUUGUUUCCUUAUAAAUAAUUUCAGCCAUGCGGUUCCUCCUACUCCUCCUACCCGCAUUGGCGCACGCGCGUCUCUCCAUCAAGGUCGACGUCGCAACACGGGAGAGCGAUGUUAGCGUCAACUUGCUGGGUGAAGAUGACCACGUCAUAGAUGGUGACGAGACGAGAGAAUUCAGGCUCACUGAUUCGCCGCUUAAGGACGCUUGCUCUAGGUACUACGGGCCCCGGCCUACGGACGCCUACCUGCACUCACCGACCCCAUGGGACGACCUCUACCAGAGUUACGGCUGGACGCAGGUCCAUAGGAAGCUCAAGCCUGUGAAGGCUUCCAUCCUCGGAAUCCACAGCCAGCCAGCGAUCAUAGCGACCCAGCGCUUUAGGAACAACGGCACCAAAACGGCCCAGUACAAGGCCGAGCUUAGCCAAGGAGUCACCAACACUGUUAGCAACAGCUGGAACUUGCAACACACCAUCCAUGUCGGACAGGAGAUCUCGGCGGAAUUCAUCAUUCCUGUUGGCAAGGUCGGUGGAAAAACUUCACUAUCUUACAACCACCAAUGGGGCAAGAGCGGCAGCGACUCUCACACAGUAACUGUCGGGGCAAGUGCGGGCAUCACGGUUCCCGUCGAGCCAGGCGACUCAGUCGAAGCCGUCAUGACUGCGUCUCAAGGCACCAUGGAGAUAGAAGUUGUAUACGAAGCAUCGGUUUAUGGUGACGUCGCUUUGAACUACGAAGGGGGCUGGAACGGACAUUAUUUCUGGAGAUACGAUGUCAACGCUGUCAUGGAGGCGGGCGGUCUUCCCCGCACGUUGCAAGUUUCGGAGAUACUUAAAGUCGGGUUUUACACUGAUGUGGAGAUUGUGUUGCAUGAGAAGCACGGUAACAAACGUGUGCUUAUGGCGGAUAUAACGUUUUAAUUGUGACGUUUUAAUUGCGGUUUAAUUUGUGGCGGAAAUAAAAUGAAUUUAUUACUUCAA